CAACUCGACACGCCGGCUCAUCCUCAAAACGCCCGUCCUUCAUCAAACAACUGCUCACGGGCCUCGCACACACUCUGCAGAGCUUCUGAAGUGUGCGCAACACUUCCGGCGCUCGCUGCACAGCUCUUCCGAUGCGACACGCGACAUCCUGUCUCGCUUGCGUCAGCUGCAGCACCGUAAACAACCGACCUCCGUGGUAUUAGGCCAGGCAGCACAUCGCGACGGCGACGCAGCACCACCGCCAUGGCCUUCAACUUCAACUGGUCGCCGCUCAUCGCGGACACGGAGCGCGUGCGCGACAUGCUCACGAGCGCGUUAAACAAAUCGCCGAAACCACCCAUCAUCGUCGACGACAUCAUCGUGAACGAACUGAACCUCGGCGCGACGCCGCCCGAAUUGGAAAUAUUGGAGAUUGGCGAUUUGGCAGAGGAUAGAUUUCGAGGCAUUUUCAAGAUGAGCUACGCGGGCGACGCAUACUUGACUCUGAAGACUAGGGUGCAGGCGAACCCGCUGAACACAUACCUAUCAACAAAGCCGAGCUUCGCGAGCCCUCAGCCGCUGGCAGCGAGCAGCAGUUUGACGAUUCCGAUACAAAUCACACUGUCUGAGAUUCGACUGUCCGGCUUUGUGAUCCUGGUGUUUUCGAAAUCGAAAGGCAUCACGAUUGUGUUCAGGAACGACCCUCUGGAAAAGCUCAAGGUCUCGUCGACCUUCGACUCAAUACCCUUUGUUCGCGAUUAUCUUCAAAAGACGAUUGGGAAUCAGCUUCGAAUACUGUUCAUGGAAGACCUGCCCGCGAUCAUACAUCGACUAUCUCUGCAAAAGUUCAGCCCAGAUUAUCAAACAGCAGAGAAUCAGGAGCCCAAGAGGAGCGAGCUUCCUUCAGACAUUUCCGUGGAUCCUCUCGCGAGUCCAGCUCUCGGUGCGACUGAUGGGAUUCUCAGCCCUGGUGGCACCUUAUCGCUUGAAACACCAGUCGAGACGUAUGCUUCGUUCUCGCAGAAGAACAUGAUCCGACUCGCGACUCUCGCGGAAAGCCAACGCACUCUCAGUCUCUUUACGCCAUCCAUGAGGGAUACGGUGUACCGUGCGUGGGCAUCCGCCUAUCGCGAUGAGAUGCAGAACGGCACCCUUUCGCCCACCCGGCCCGGUCUUGCCAGGCUUCAAACAUCAAUCGCCUCGCGUAGCGCCGUUUCGUCUGCGACGUCGCUAGCUUCCGGAGCCGGUACAGAGACUACCAGACCCAGCCUUGUCGCCAUGUCCUCCGCAGCGACCGUGUACACCCUGAAUAGCACAGGAUCUCGAACCCGGCCGAGAAAGAGAAAGAACAGGGUCGUGAAUCUGAGGAAGAAUCGGCAUGAAAAUGAUCACACAGAGACUGCUAGUGUUGGAACCAGUGGAUACGACGACAGCGCAAGUCAUUCGGGCUCUUCUCCCAGCAUGGUACGAUCGAGCACCGAGGCGACUUCGGCAACAGGGAGCAAGUUGCGCGAAGGCGAGAUCACGACCCCGCCCAGGAGCCCAAAGAAGAAGGUUGACUUCAAGCAUAAGGCUGCGGCGGAGGAGACUGCAGAGAGAGCCCAGCAGUCUCGAUCAAGACCCAUCACUCCUAAAGAUUCACUGCAAGUCCCAGAGGAAGAUGACAUUGAUCGAACGCCUCGAGCAUCAAUGUACGUGCCACGGGAGGAGCAAAAAGUGCAGAAACCUGCUGUAAACCAAUUGCCCCGAAUGCAGGCCUUCCCAUCUCGGUCACCUUCGCCGGAGGUCAGCCGACGACCUUCGUACGAUCUCCGCCGUUCUUCGUCCGAACUCCGAUUAGAAAGUAGGACUUCAUCAGAGAUCAAGCUCCAGAGUCUCCUCACGGCCUUCAGCGAGAGCAGUACUGGUGGCAUCUUGGAGCGAGCGUGGAUGGAGAAGAUGGCAGGGGACAUUGCCAGAAAGAUCACCCAGGAGCGCACCAAGAACAAAGCAUGGCGCGCUCCUUCCGAGGGAGGCAUCGAGGAGGAAGCCCCUCCUGCGUAUGUCUCCUAGUAAUGUAAUGAAUUUUCAUGUUGGUUUCGAGAGCGCGGCGUUCGGAGGACUAAAAAGACUGGAGAACUCAUCACGAUGAACGGCGUUACGACUCUCCUCACUGUUUGGAUGGAGUCUUUGCCAGGCUGAGACCUGAGAUUGCGAUACAGAGGCCAUGAUACCCCAUAGAAGGCCGUGGACGCUUAUUAGACGCAUCCAAUACUACUUCGUGUAUAGCUAGG